UGUUGUUGAAGCUGACUCACCUCCACCAGGUGAGUCUCACCCCUCAGGCUCACCUGCACCACCGGAAGUCUUUUUUAGGGGUUUCUCCUCAAAGUCGGAUGUUUGUUUGUUUAUUUGUUCUUCCUGAAAUGAGCUCAUCAAGCAGCCGCAGGUGAAGGUCCAGUGAUGUCAGGAUGCCCCGAGUCCCAGCAGACCCGCCCUCUUCAGGAAGUGACGGAGAGGAAGUGAUGGAUGUGGAGCUGAUUCUGGAUCUGACUGAGUCUCUGCCGGAGGAGGAUGAAGAGGAUGAAGAGGAGGAGACGCAGCAAGGGGACGGCAGCUGGAGCCAGGAUGAAGACCUGCAGGGAUGUGGACAACUGGAGAGGAGGUGGGUCCUCUGGCACGAGUUUAUGAAAGAACACGCCCACCUGGACGCCUGGCUGCGACUGGCUGAGCAGACUGUCAGUUCCCCUAACCCCGCCCACGUCACCUACGUCACUGCGAAGGAGGAACUGAGGAGGUUUGAGCGGCUGCGGUGCGAGGCGGGAGGUUGCCUCGUCCAGUUGGACGAUCUGACUCGGAGGAAUCGAACGCUGACUCGGCUGUUUCAGGGCGCCAUGCAGGCUCGGCUGCUGGCGUCGGCGAGGGAGUGCGGGCGGCGGUGGGACGACGUGAACGCCAAACUGGAAUCCAUCACCGGAAGACUGAAGCUCUUCGUGUCGGAGUGGCGGGAGUUUGAGGCGGAGAGGGAGGAGCUCGAUAUCUGGUUGGCCGACCUGGACGUCCGUCUGUCCGACGUCAAUCACCUGACAGGAAACACCUGCGAGAAGCUGAGACGCCUCCAGUCCUUCCAGCAGUGUGUGUGCGUGAACUCGGGCCGUGUGAACGCCCUCCUGCAGCGUGGCGAGGCGUUGAUCCAGCGCAGCCAACCGAUGGACGCUCAGCACUUAGAGCGCCGCCUGCUGGAGCUGCUGCGCCACUGCAGCCUUGUCUACAACAACAUCGCACGGACACACACCCGACUGCUAAGCAUGAGACUGGUGUUUGAGGAGGACUGGAUUCUGGGUACAGACUCUGGUUGCCCCUCAGAGAGUCUGUUAGAGGAAGAGGGAGCUAAAGAGCCACCCUCACCCGCUCACCUCCCUCCUCCUCCUCCCUCUCCGUCCUCGCCUACCCAUGAGCACCUGGGGCUGGAGUGGGACCCCUCUGUCGAUAUCGGGCGCUCUGUCUCCCGUGACGACGCCGACUCGUCGUAUUUCAGCGCCAACGCCGGUCUGUGUCUGAAGAGGCGGAGCUACCUCAGCUCCCUCGGCUCUCAGUCGAACAUCAGCAACGACAAUCAGGAAGCAGAUUUGGUUUCUGUGCAGCGAUUGGACGGAUGGUUUGACCACGCCCACACCAGUGUCUUCUCGCCAGUGGCGACUCAGAGCGGCGGGACCCGGGUGAGCGGAGACCAGUGGGCGACCUCGACGCCUGACAGACAGGACAGCGAGCCGGUCGGCUUUGACGGCGGGCGUGUGAGGGCGUGGCUUGGCGAUCAGAGCCCCACCCCUCCAGAGAGGAGGACUUCCUGUUCCAAAGCGGUGCAGACGGAUGGCGAGGUGAAGUUUUAUCUUGAAGGUAGCCAACAUCACCAUGACAACACUCAACAGCCAUUUCCUGACCCAAUCCCUUCACUGUCACGUGACCUAAACGCCUCGUGUGACUGGUUGAAGCACCAUUAUCGAUCAAACCCUCUGGCUGAAGAAGAGCCGUCCUGUGAAGAAGUUGAGCGUCUUCUCUCCGAACAAAGCGUGACCUCCAGCAGCAGGGCCCCUUCCUCCCUGCUCUCCCCAGCCCUCCUCUACCUCCUCCUGGCUACAGCUCUGGUUCUCCUGGCCUGUCUGAUCUGGUUCCUGGAGCCGCCGUGUCACCGGAGCAGCAGGUUGCGUCAUAGCUUCCACCUGACGCUGAGGUACGUCAACGGGCCGCCGCCAACAUGAAGACCUUCCAGAGACUCUAAUAGAGUUUGGACAACGUACUUCCCUCAGGCUCUGCGGAAAGGAGGUUUGCAACUCAUCAUGUAAUGUCAACGAUUUGCUCAUUUCAAUUAACAACCGAGACUCAAACAUAGAAGAGCUGACAGAAAUCUGCAGGAUGAAAAAGCAGCAUAAAUAGGCCUUGAAUCAAGAGUGUCAAACAUACUUCUAUAAUACCAGAAAACAGCAAUUCUUGAUUCAAAUCCCACCGUUAGCUUACUACAAAUUAGCUUCAAAUUGUUUUAGUGCACACUUAACACUUACUGCCUUGUUCUGGAGCUUUUUCAAUUAAAAAAAACUACUCCAGAAAGAAAAAGCUACAGCCUGGUCAAAUCUAACUGGUUUGGAUGCAAACUUUACUGAUACCGAUCAUGUUAUAUCUGAUGCAGGCUCCUUUUCCACCAAAGUAGUUCUGGUUUCUGAACCAGUUCUGUUUAAGAUUCUUGGCGGUAUCUAGCAAACCAGCCGGCGUUUCCAUCAUUUUAAUUGGAUGCUCCACUUUGGUUGCUAAUUUAUUUCUUGGUUCCAGCAAGGAACUAACGAUGUGCUUGUUAAUUCCAACUUUCAGUUUGAGUUUCUAUUAUCCUCAAUUAUGCUGACCAUUAAAUUACAUUUGAAAUAUAUUCAACACAUUCUCAUUCCAGGUUGUGCGACACUGUUUUGUCAUGCGUCUUACAAGGUACCCCUUAAAUCCUAGCAGUUCCCAUCCCUAAACACAAACCACAGUCUCCAAGUCCUGUGUUUGACCCAUCCAUCACCCCAAACACCUCCUUACACGGACUUUCUCACUCUUUAUAACACACAACAUGACGUACUGGGUUACAUUGCGUCUUAAACUGAUGCUAAAGGAUAUGUUGUGCGUCUGCAUAGAGACAAAAUGGCGGUAUUCGACGCCCUGGCAAUGACAAUGGACUUGUUUCCUACUAGGAACUAAUGACAUGAAAACAAGUCUGAUUUCACUUGGUGGAAAGUGUAUUCAUUCAGUUUUAUCCCUUUGUAGAAGAGUGUCCAUGCCUUUAAAAGAAUAUAACUAUAACAGAAUGUAUUUGAAGUAAUGGGAAGUUGUAAUACUUAUAUAUUUUUUAUGUACCUCUAAGAGUUUUGGUCAGUAAAAAAAUUCAUAAAAGCCUUAUUUACCAGAAUGAUGCUACGUUAUUUUAGUAUAGGAGGAAAAGUCCUCCCUUCACCUGGCCUCACACGGGGCACCAUAAUAAGUUUCCUUUACGCUUGCAUUGUGAAAGAAGCAGUUGUAAAACGGUGGACACAACCCCCGCAAACUGACUCGUUUUAUUAUCUAAAUUUGAUCCAUUCGGUCCGACAACAUUUGAAAAGUCUAAAAGAGCUGCACAAUGAAAUCAUUUUGUCCCCUUCAUGCCAGUGGCGGGCUAAACUGGAAGUUAGAAACUUGGCCAGUGGUAGUCUUGACUUCAUGCGUCACUGAGCAGCUUCAUUAACAAAGCCCCGCCUCCAACGCUGUUCCAGUCCUCCCUUAAAUACAUCUGUUAUGUUAGAUCACUUUCCCAUAGCGGUGGCUAGGCUAAUACUGUCAGCUAGGUAGCACAAAAAAACAAAUUGUGUGCAUACAAUAUGUAGCAGGGAAUGGAAGUUAAAUGAGGAUUAAUAAUAGAUGUAUUUACGCUGUUAAAAUAAAAAUGCUGUAAAAUAAA